ACUACCAUAUUUGGCAUCUAAGAUGGUCCAGAGCGUUCCAUCAGACAUUCAAAAUGACGGGAGUUGUUUUGUAAGAAAAAACAAUCUUACGAUAGAUUUUGAUUCAUAAAACUCCCACUAGAAAGUAGGCUGGUUAUUCUUGCGCGAGGCAAAAUGCUUUUACCUUUAGUUGCAAGUCUACAUACUGCAAAGUCCAAAAUUUCUAUCCACUCGUUUAGAUUGCAUUGGAGAAGGUACACCUGAUGGCUGCCAUACUAUGCAAUUUCUCAUUGAGUCGUGGUGUCCCUAAUUUGAGCAGAGGAAUAAUUUCAAUGAAGACGACCAAUGCAAGUGGCAGAAUAAAUGCCACUGCUACAGAAGUAUCUCCUGCUUCUCUUUCUUCACUCAAGACGCAGUUACUCGAUGCCAUGCAGAGUGCUGUUGCUGGGUUGGAUAGAGGGCUUAUUGCCAAUGAAGUUGAUGUGAUGGCUGUAGACACUCCUGCAAGGGAACUUGAAGCUUCGGGAAGCAUAGUGGACUUUUCUACAGAUCUCGAUAAACUGCAGGGAAGAUGGCGAUUAGUCUACAGCAGCGCCUUUGCGUCUGGCAGUCUCGGCGGACUUCGUCCAGGCCCUCCUACAGGAAGGCUUCCACUAACUUUAGGCCAGGUCUUUCAACGGAUAGAUGUUGUUCGAAGAGAGUUUGAUAACAUUGUGAACCUUCAGAUUGGCACACUUUGGCCACUUCCACCAAUUGAAGUUACUGCUACUUUGGCCCACAAAUUUGAACUCAUAGAUUCUGCAAGCAUUAGAAUAAUCUUCGAAAGGACUAUCGUCCAACCAGCGGGUGGCUUAUCCCAACUUCCCCAAGUUCAGCUACCUGAAUUACCAGAAAUUUUCAGGCCCCCAUCUAGUCUACGAAGUGGGGAGUUCAAAGUCACAUUUUUGGAUGAUGAUCUGCGGAUUACUCGUGGUGAUCGUGGAGAACUUCGAGUGUUCUUGAAAUUGUAAAAAUCAGGUACAUCACCUGCUCUGUAGCAUGUGGUUAACCAUAUACAAGGAAGGAGCACUUUUGACAUCUUGCAAUUUCAUUCCAUAUCAAUCCAGGUAUCUUUGUCUAGCCCAUGCAAUCUCCUUGAAAUAUAAAUAUAAAAGCCCAGCAAAUAUCACUGUUUGAAAAAUAAUAUAAGGGAUUCUUGGAGAAGGCAGAAAUGGAGAACAAGGAGUGUUCCUUAAUGUAUUUCUUCGCAAAUUCCAACAAUUUAAGCUAUUUAUGUGCAUAUCAUGACUGUGCUGUUGCAAGCGAACAUGGCCAGUCUUGAAAUACCUUAUUGUGGCCAUUAACAUGAUAUUCUCGUAUUCAGCAAUAGACCAGAGGAAGUUACACAACCAAUCUCUUCAUCUAGGGUUCUUUUAAAGCAAAUUAUCUUCUUUGGUUGAAGAUGUCUAUCCGGUCCCCUCAUGACUGCACAAUGAUACCCUGACAUUUCUCAUUUAAAAGAUCUAUAGUAACACCCAGGACAUGUAUGUUACUAAUUGUCUGUUGAUAAAAUACUUAGGUAUGCACUAGGGCAUGAUAAAGUUAAUCGAUUCAUAGCAUUUGAGUCCACUUAUGAAAAAAUAUUAUCUUAUAACUUGGGGGAAGUGGAAUUUACCCUUUUUCAUGAAAAAAUAUUUUUUUCAGUUUGUCUCA